UUUCUUUGAUGUGCAAAAACUCAAGUCACACCAGCACAUUCACGGAGGAGAGAAGCGACACCACUGCACUCAGUGUGGCAAGAGGUUCAGCAGCUCAGGACAUCUGAAGAGACACCAGCGUAUUCACACGGGAGAUAAACCACACGUCUGUAGUCUGUGUGGCAAGGCUUUUACGAGACAGGAUCGUCUCAAACAACACCAGCACAUUCACUCCAAGGAAAGGCCGUACCAUUGCAGUCAGUGUGGCAAGGGUUUCACUCGAGGGGACCAUCUAAAAGAGCACCAGCGUACUCACAAAGGAUCAAUGUCAUACUUCUGGACUCCAUUUGGAAAAGGACCAUCUCCGUACUUGAGGUUUCCAGCAUCCAGCUCAAUCUCACACAGAGAGAAAUACCAAAAUUACUCCUGUUCUCUGUGUGGCAAAGGCUUCCACUUAUGGUCCCGGUUCCAGCUGCAUCGCUAUGCUCACAUAGUAAAGAAACAAUACCCCUGCUUUAAAUGUGAUAAGAAUUUCCUCGUUGUGGCUGAACUCAGAUCACACCAGCGCAUCCACAUGGGUGCGAGACCACACCACUGCACUCAAUGUGGCAAAGGUUUCCCUAGCAAGAGCCAGUUCGACAGGCACCAACGCACUCACACAGGAGAAAGACCUCACCUAUGUGCUCAUUGUGGUAAGACGUUCACCAGAAAGUAUCAUCUCGAAACACAUCAGAAACGACAUACAGGAGAAAGGCCAUAUGACUGCAUCACGUGCAGUAUGAGUUUCUACAAAAAGGAUAGUCUCAAACAACAUCAGCGCACUCACACAGGCGAGAAACCAUACCAUUGUACUCAGUGUGGCAAGAGUUUCGCUUUUGGGGGGAGUCUCAAAGAACACCAGCGCACACACACAGGAGAGAGGCCAUACCACUGCAUCAUAUGUGGCAAGAGUUUCAUUAAGAAUAGUCAUCUCAAGCGACACCACAAUGUUCACACAGGACAGAAGCCAUACCUUUGCACUGAGUGUGGCAAGAGUUAUUCUAAUGGGAGUGGUCUCAAACGACACCAACAUGUGCACACGAGAGAGAGGCUGUACCAUUGUUCUCAGUGUGAAGAGAGUUUCACUGCGAUGUCUAAACUCAAGAAACACCAGAGCGUUCACACAGGAGGAAAGCCGCACAGCUGCACUCUGUGUGGAAAAGGCUUCACCCGUCAAAGCGAUGUCAAUAGACACCAGCGUGUUCACACGAGAGAGAGACCAUACCUCUGCCCACAGUGUGCCAGGAGCUUUACCAGAAAGGAUUAUCUCAAGCAGCAUCAGUGCAGUCAUACAGGGGAAAGACCAUAGCGCUGCGCUGUGCUGGUCCAGUUUUAAUUGAGGGCAUCAUCUUCAUCAACACUGUCGCAGUUACUCACUGUUCAGAGUCUAGUCCAGUGGAAGUCUGACCACUCUCAUUCUCACACCACUCUGGUCUGGAUCCCUUGCUGAUCUGGCAACAGUUUGGCCAUGAUUCAGUACUGAUCUGGUCCAGACCCGAAGAGAAUGGUGUGCUCUGUGGGGUCACUUUAAACCAAUCAUGUUUUGUUGGAGAGUCAUUGUAAACCAUUCAAGUUUUGCCAUACCUCUUUCAAUAGUAAAUUAUUUUUGU